AGUUGCAAGGGGGAGCGAAGAGGGAUUUAAAGGAUGGGCAGGGGGCCGUAAGGGGUUAACACACGCAGAGGAGAAGAGAAGAGCGAGAAAAAAGAAAGAAACAAGAGGGAGGGAGAGAGAAACAGAUCCAAACCCAGCGAGUCUCCUUGGUGUGAGGUUCCUUGGCCACUAACGUGUGCGCACGACUCUCGUGGCACCAUGAGUUCGUGCAGCAGUCGUGCAUUGACCAUCCUGUCCACGGUGUUCGGGGCCUGCGGGCUGCUGCUGGUAGGGGUAGCUGUGUCCACAGACUACUGGCUCAUAAUGGUGGAGGGAAUCAUCCUGCAGCAGAAUCAGAGCAUGGAGGUCAAGAUGGCACUCCAUUCAGGUCUCUGGAGGGUUUGCUUUGUAGCUGGAGCCGAAAAUGGGAGAUGCGUUGCUUCAGAAUACUUCACUGAACCUGAUAUAGAGAUCACCACUGAAAACACUGCAAACAUCCUCAAGAUGGUCCGUACAGCUACGCCUUUCCCAAUGGUAUCGCUGCUCUUCGUCUUCACAGCCUUCGUCAUCAGCAACAUCGGACACAUCCGGCCUCAGCGCACCAUCCUUGCUUUUGUGUCAGGAAUCUUCUUCAUCCUCUCAGGCCUCAGUCUGGUUGUGGGCCUGGUGCUCUACAUCUCCAGUAUUAAUGAUGAGGUGAUGAACCGGCCCAGGGAGCCCGAGCAGUUCUUCAAUUACCACUACGGCUGGUCCUUUGCCUUCGCUGCCUCUUCCUUCUUACUCAAAGAGGGUGCUGGGGUGCUCUCAGUCUAUCUGUUCAUGAAGCGUUACGCAGAGGAAGAGAUGUAUCGCCCUCACCCUGCCAUCUACCGUCCCCGCCUGUCUGACAGCAGCGACUACAGCGGCCAGUACCUCCACCCGGAGUCCUCUUGGCCUCCCCCGAAGAGAGGACGCAGCACCUCAGAGGCCUCCAGCGACAUCUCCAUUCAGCUUAACCAGACACCGCCAGCACCACAAAAGAGCAGUCUCCAAGUCUGCGGUCAGGACAGCCCACCAUCUAUUUCUUCUUCUCCUGGGAGCUACCAGAUGCAGAUGCAGCCGCAGUCUCUCGGCUAUCCGUCCACACAAACCCUGCCCAGGUCACACUCCUCACACCCCCAGGGGCAAGCUCUUCCAAUGGCCAUGCCUCCAUCCCCCAUACCACCCCCUCACUAUCACACACAUGUGCACAUGAGCGCCUCCCCCUGUUAGGAAGAGGGAGCUUCAGAAGGAGAGGCAGAGACUGACUCUUCAUAAUCACCUGUACUGUAUAUCGACAUUUGGAUUUGAGCAAAUCCUGAGCUUGGAUCACACAUCUUUGGAAGUUGAAAUGGGAGUAGAGGGAUGCGCAAGUUGGAAGUGUGGCUUUUGGGACGUUACGAACCAAUAACAACAGUUGUGGAAGCUGAAAGAGAUUAUUUUACAAAGCUGCAAAUAUUUUCCAGAGACUGUGAUGGACUGCGAGAAACAAAUAUGAAUGAAAUGGGAAGAGGAAAAUAAUAAUUUCACGUUGUCAAAGUCAAACAGGGGGAAAAUGUUUCCUAGAAAGACGUAAGAGGUUAGGUUGAGUGGCAGAGAAGAUACAAGGGUGGGAGAAGGAGCGAGAGCAAGAGGCUGCAGUAAAAUACCAAAAUACUGCAGUGCUGCGGGAAAUUUGUAUGCACUUGGAAAUGUACAAUGCAAAACACAGAUUUUCCAAUACUGAGAAUGCACAGUUUUUUACAGUUCAUGCCAAUACAUGGAUUAUGUGUGUUUUUACCAAAUCCUAAAUGUCCAUUACUUACAAUGUCAAGAUGGCGUUUUCAGAAUGAUUAUCUAAAAAUAUUAAUUACAAAGUCAUUUUGAAAUCACAUUGUACAGUAUACGAAUGUUGUUUAACUUUGUUUAAAAAAGAAAAAGCAGAGAAAAGUGAUUAUGAAUUAUCUUACGGAUAACUUAUUGUUUUAUAUAAUUGUUAAAAACACACAUUUUUAACUUGUACAUAAUUGCACACGAGUAAAUUAUAAACAACCCAAUCAAAAUCAAAUCAAGAAAAACGUCGGACUCAUUUUGCUGGAGAUGAAGAGACUACUACAAGCACAUGAAAGCAGCAACACGCCCGCUGAAUGCAGAGCUGCUGCUGUGGAGGAGGAACCACCCUUCCCCGUUACAGGACUAUGGCGCCCUCUAGCGGCCACGGCCGUUCACUGACUCUGGACCAGGUGUCUCACCCACUACUCAUGUUAUCUUGUGUUAAUUGACCUGCACUGUGUGUUACUGCUUGAGGCAGAGGAGAUAAAUUAAAAUGUUGUCCAUCCAGAGUAGUAAAUUAUCAUGAAAUGAAGGAUCAACUGUACUUUAAGGACUGUUUGAGAAUGUUUUGUAAGGCUUUGUAGCUGUUGGUCUAUCUGUGAAACCCACAUGAUGAAGGUAGUCAUUACAUUUAUACUACUGUUUAAACAAAAAUACUACUGUUUGGGAUUUGCAGGUCCUCCAUUUAUCUUUUCACUGAAUUUACACUUUUUGUUUGUUUUAUUCCAAUAUACAGCAAGCACAGCCCUCUGCAAAACAUGAUCGGGUGUUUCUUCGGUCUGAAAUAUUACUCAGUGUUGGGAUUUGAUUAGGGUUUAUUGCCAACCAACCUUGUCAAACGUAAAAAUGCGCACUUUAUGUUCAACAGAGGCUCCUCAGUCUUAUAUUUUGUGACAGCAUAAUUACCAUAGUGUUUAUAUAGUGUCUGAACAAUUUGUACAGAUUAAAUACUCAAAUACUUUUUAUUAUUAUUUAUUCUAUUUUUUUUUCAGCUGUGUUAGAAACAAAAGAUAAGAUUCAUUGUCAAUUAUCUCCAGCAUCCAUGUCUUCACAAAAUAUCAGGACAAAAAAACUUUUUUUAAAAGCAGUUUUGCACCCAAAAAGGAGCUUUCUAUUACACUGCAUGCUUAAAUUAGCAUAUUAGAGGCUUGACACCACAAACAUACAGACCAAUUAAAAGGUAAGCAAGACGCCUGCAAAUGAAUCAAUAGAAUAAUCAGCUAAUCAUCUAACUUCAUUGUAUCUCCUUUUCUAAGAGAGAAUGAACUUUUAGUUUGUUUAUACUGCAUCUUAAUCACAGAUUAAAUGUGGGGGUUUAAUUGCAGAAGAGAUUUUGCAGACAUUUGAAAACAUAAUACUCAGUUCAAGUAGUUCUUCUUAUACUUUAGAAUAUUGCACAGCAAGAUCAGAAAUAUCAGCGCAUCAAUUUAAUUUACAAUUAUUAUGUCUUCUUUGUUUUAAGGAACACUAUUAUGUUGAUAUAUGUUUUUAUAAUGUGAGUUAGAUGACUGUGUCAUUGAGAACUUGCUGGUUUAAUCAUGGCCAUAGUUCAGAAGGGGAAACAAACUCAUGCUGGAUAGAAAUGAGAGACUCACAUGGACAAAUACGAUCUGGCCUUUCUGAUAUAUCACUGACCUUUUUUGUAUGUAUGAAGUCUCAUAUAUUUACCUGUUUUGUUGUUUGAGCUAAAAUCCAGCAUAAGCGCAGCCCCAUGCUGUUGACUGCUGUUAGUUAGAGGGAAAAGUGCCUUGCUCACAGGCACUUUGGCAGUGGCUUUUGAAGAAGAUCAAAAAUAUUUCUGCGGCCAAUAUCCAUCAGCGCUUUCUAAUUAAAAUCUGCUACAUUGACCUUUAGAGUACUGUGUGACUCCAUCAUGACCUGUAGAAAAUAGGAGACUCUGUUCUCCUCUACAUUAAUAACUUCUCUCUUUUAGUUUCUGGAACCAUUUAACAAUAUUUCUUAAACGGCAGCAUUUAUUUACUUUUUUAUCCAUAUUCUUCUUUUUCCCCUCUGUAUCCUCAACCUUUUUCUUUGCCUGUAUGUGGUUAUAUAAAGGAGUGUAGCUUCCUUCUGCAUAAAGCUUUGUGCCCUUGCUUAAGACCCUCUUAGGAACUAAAAAAAACACAAAAACAAAACAAAAGUAAAAUAAAUGCUUCCCAAUGCUUCAAUAAGACUGCUGCUGUAUAAUCUGAGAUAACAUGAUUCAGUAGAAA